AAACAAAAUGGCGGAGGUUUACAGAGACGACAUCACACCGCGGCACCGGGUAUUAUUAGGCUCCUUCGAAAGUUAUUAGCGAAAAUUGUGGGGAUUAAGUGUGCAAGUGUGUUUAUUGGGCAAUUAACCGUUUCUGGAGAGGCUUAAACAGAGGAAAGUCAAAAGAUAAUGGAUUAUUCUGGCGAUCGAAUUUGACGCCGGCGUACGUGUUCGACAACUCAUAGUAGGAAUAUUUAUUCCCGAACAUGUUGAGCUCGGUAAAGAAUUAUGCCGUUGUCUCUGAACAAAUAUCGGAAGAUAUGAAUGGAUCAGAGGAAAAUCACGAUGAGUCUAAUGAUGACAACUGCCGCAAAUCUUCUCUGACAAAUGCGCUUUUAUCGCAUGAUGUACACUGUACUCAAACUGACGCCCAAGUUACGUGUUCUGAGGUUUCCAAACUUCCUUCUGACAUUGAGGAAGCACUACAAGAGGAUUACGAAGAAACAAGCAGCAAUACUGCUGUAGAAGAAGACACAGAUCAUAACGAAACUGGUGAUGAUGAGACUGAUGAUAGUUUUAACAUGACGAGUGUUGCUGAAGUUUCCUUGGAAGUCGUAGAGACUUCAACUGAUGCUAGUGUAUUUCCGCGUGGUAAAACGAGCCAAGAAUGUCCUGCAUCCAGCGAUUCUUCAGAAAAUCUUCUUGGCUCAAACAACGCUGAAGACAGUGACGAAGUUUUUCCUCUUGUAAAGCAAAAGGCAAACUCCGCCGAAGAUUUGCUCGACAAAAACUUCGUAAAAUGGGCGAAUGAGGGUAACUUGCUUAGAAGUAACAGAGACAAGGACAGUGCUCAAUCUUCAGAAUCACCAAGCAGUGAUGUUGAAUUUAGUGCGUGCUCUUCAGUUACCAGCUGUACUGAAGACAGUGGAAUUAGCUCCAUUGUUAGGGACGAAGAGCUAGAAGAGAUCCCACUAAAUAACUCUCAAUUUAGCCCAGAACUGUACAAGCAGAUGUCCAGAUUUUCUAUGGACGAUUCGGUUGCGGCAUGGAUUCCUAAGUCCUCUAACACGUAUGCCCCUAGCCCGAACUCAAAUGCAAAGAUAGUGUCGGUAACAGAUGGCGGAAAGUCACAGAAGCAGAGUAAGCUAAAGGGCCUGUUUUCAAGGUCAUCUCAGAAGGAACCUGUUCCAGCUUGGAAGUUAUUUGGAAAGGUUCCCAUUAAAGAUGCUAGGGAAAGCAGCAAAGAUCUUCAUAAUCAGCCAUCAUCUUUUGAUAGAGGAGACAGUAAGCGCAGGUCUUUUGGGGAUAGGCCUUUAUCAAUUACUCCAAACUUAAAACCAAAAUUUCUCUCUGUAAGAAAGAAGCCUACAGCAGGUAGCUCAACAACAGCCCUUAUUUUUGAAAACAGACCCAGUAACCUUCCAGCCAAAUCACCAACAGAGGAGAAAAAACACAGACGGCAAUAUGAAGCAAUGGUAGCUGAAGCAAAGAAAAAAGAAUUGAAGGAGAUGAAGCUUCAAGAGAAAAAGCUCAAAGAAAAGUGCAAACAGGAAGAUGGAAUUGUUUCUGCUGUCUCUUUGUGGACAAAUGAGAUACUACCCAACUGGGAAACUAUGCAGCAUGCAAAGAAAACUAGGGAUCUUUGGUGGCAAGGCCUUCCACCAAGUGUACGCGGAACGGUUUGGAAGCUGGCUAUUGGAAAUGACUUACACAUUACUCAUGAAUUAUUUGACAUAUUCCAGUCUCAUGCAUAUGAAAAACUCUUCACAACACGACUUAACAAGAAGAAAAACCCAACACAGACAGUUGCAGAGCUGCCAGCAAGUGAUCAUCCAGUUGUCAGCAAGGCUCACACAGUAGAGCUCAUCAUGAUGGAUGUUUCACGGACAUUUCCUUCACUGUGCAUAUUUCAAGAGGGUGGUCCAUUCCAUGAUGUUCUUCAUAGUAUUUUAGGAGCAUACACCUGCUAUCGACCUGAUGUAGGAUAUGUCCAAGGAAUGUCAUUUCUUGCAGCUGUUUUGUUGCUGAACAUGGAACCAUCUGAUGCUUUUAUUUGUUUUGCAAACCUUCUCAACAAACCAUGUCAACUGGCUUUCUUUAGAGUUGACCAUCCAAUGAUGGUUGCUUAUUUUGCUGCCUUUGAGAUGUUUUUAGAGGAGUUUCUGCCCUCAGUUCAUGCACAUUUUAUCAAAGAAAACUUCACACCUGAUAUGUACCUGAUUGACUGGACAUUCACAUUGUUUAGCAAAUCAUUACCUCUGGACGUUGCCUCAAGAGUGUGGGAUGUGUUCUGUAGAGAUGGAGAAGCAUUUCUAUUCAGGGCAGCACUAGGAAUAUUGAAGUUUUAUCAGGAGGAUUUGUUGGAAAUGGAUUUCAUUCAUCUUGGCCAGUUUCUUUCCAAGUUACCAGAUGACAUACCUGCAGCUUCUCUUUUCCAAGCAAUUGCCUCAAUUAAUUUGAUGGAACAGAAAUUUAUUCAGACACUAGCCAUGCAAAAGGAGGUUGCAGCCCAAAUAAAAAGUGUCUCUUCAUCGACAAAAUGAAAGAAUAUGGACAAAAAAUUAACUGUCUUUAACUUAACUUUUUUGCUGUGAAAAUAUUUUCUGACUGGUUCAUUCAUGCAGGGUCACUUGACAUGAUUGUAAUAUUCAGAAAAUGUUGCUAGAUGAGUUUAUGAAAGGGACAUGCAUGUAGCAGCUCUGUUAAGGUCUCACAUGAAUGGCUUGAUACCCUUUAAGGGAACAAUUGAACAAACAACAGAAACAAUGCCCCUUGCCCUAAAACUAUGACAGCUGCGACAAUUCAAUAAAACAACAGCAGCUUAAGAGAGCUGCUACACUUCUGUUAUGAAAGUGACAAAAAUAAGUUUGUCUCACAUAUAAAGGUGUAAUGCAGUUUUGUCUUGAGUUCAGUUCCUGUUGAAACAGUCCUACUCACUCACCUGUGUGUAGAGUCCAUCCAAGCUCUUCUUUACAUGUAGGUCAUUGGGCAACCUUUCUGGUAUAAUUGGAUGUUAUAUAUUGAGAUUAGCUAGAUAAUUUUCACCAUGCCCACUUUGACUGGUUCAGUAAAAGCUAUCAGACUUUUCACAUGCAAGCUUUCCAUUCAGCAAACACACUUCAAUGUGUUAUGCUUACUUAUCUUUUGUCAAUUUUUAAACUAGCUCAAGUUUGAAAAAGGGUCAUGUAAUUAUUAAAAUUAUAUAGUUAUUUUUAAAACCUGAUUCGAAGGUCGGCUAUGUGGUAAAAUCUGUCCCACGUUAUGGACUAGAAACAGUCGUCUUGAGGCCACUGUAUCCUUCCCAUUCUUCCCAGCCCUUCUACUGAGGCAAAAAGUGGGCAAUAUUUUCUUACUUAAUAUUUUUUUUCUUAGUUAAUAUCUGGUUAACACACAGGUUGGGUCUAGUGAACAGUGUAAGACAUGUAAGUUAUCAUGGUUGUGAAGCAAUAAGCAGUAACAGUGAAAACCAAUAAAUGAAUUUGGAUUCUCAGAUUAUUUCAGGAGGCUUUCAUGCAAUUCGUACUUUGCUUCAUAACUGCAUUGGUGACUUUCAUUGCAAUACUAUUAUAAAUUACUAUUUUGCAUAGCACUUUUCACAGAACCUUACAUAAAGAAGUGAUAUAGUAUCGUUUCAUUUCUCUCCCUAUUAAAAUCUAUUUUGGUAUAAUGCAAGGUUGUAUAAAUAGGAUGUAAUUAGUUCUUUAGGUAAAAUGUAGAAUAGGUAUAUAUGUACAGAAUACUCUAAAAUCAUAAAAAAAUUUUUUUUUUCAAGCCAAUAUAUACUACAUUGAUUAAUCUAUGAUUUUCCGAUUUCGGUUUUGCAAAUAUUCUUAUUUAGUUGGGUCUUUUUUUUCAAAGCGUAAAGUAGGCAUGUUUAUGAUUUGAUUACAAUAAUUAUACCUGUGUAAGGUGCAUAUUUAAUUACAUGUUAUGCCAAAUCAAAAUUUAUAAAAGGGUUUUUUUUUUAAGUUGGCCAUUGCCUCUGCUUCAAAAUGAGGCCAUACAUAUGAGAUUUGCAAACACACAUGUAACUUAACUUACAUGGAAGGUUUUGCACUCAGGCACAUCUGUCUUGUCCUGAAUACCAUUUCAUUUAGUUGUUGUAAGGUUGAAAACACAAUUCAGGGUUUGAUGGUUUCCUCAUUGCUCCAACCAAGAGGGGAUGCCUAGGACAAGGCAGAGGCUAGGCUUGUCUACCAGACGCUGUUUCUGGAAAUGAGCCCGCGCUCACCCCCUCUUCUCGGGGAGGAACGCAGCCGGACCAGAAAUCGAGCCUAGGCAGAGGCCUGACAUCGACAAGGAGACAAACAGGAGCGUAAUAGACACAAACUUCCAUGCAGUCAAUUUGAUUUUCUGUUUGUACUAUGGUAUUUACGUGGAGUUAUAUUUUGGUAAAGAUUUUAAUGCUAACGGAAAACAGUGUACGUUACUGGAGGUUCGGGUAACAAAUCUGGGAAUUUUUUACAAUAAUAUAUGUUCAAGCAAAACAGUUGUAAAUAAAAGUUUAAAGCAAAAGUU